AGAGAGGAAAAGGGGUGAAAGGGAGAAAGAGCAAGCGUUGGCGGCCUAAUGUUGGUGUUGGCGCUUGUCGCCGCCGUCUAGCGUCAUUUUCACUGCCACUCGGCUGCAAACAACAGCUCAGAUUUUUCUCGCCACUCCACUUGCAUCGUCCAAAAUGCCCCCUCGUAACAAGGAGCAGGAAGCUGAAGUUUUGCAAUGGAUCUUCAAUGUGAUUGGGGAACCAGUCCCUGCGGGACAGUACGAGGACAUUCUCAAGGACGGCGUCGUCCUUUGCAACUUGAUCAACAAACUUGCACCCGGCUCGGUGAAGAAAAUUCAAACCAAGGGAACCAAUUUCCAGCUCAUGGAAAAUAUUCAAAGAUUCCAACAAGCUGUCCGUAAAUACGGUGUUCCAGACGAAGAGAUUUUCCAGACUGCCGACCUUUUUGAGAGGAGGAACAUCGCCCAAGUGACCCUUAGCCUCUACGCCCUUGGACGGAUAACGCAAAAGCACCCUGAGUAUAAUGGCCCCUCUCUCGGACCAAAGAUGGCUGAAAAGCAUGAGCGCGAAUUCUCCGAGGAACAACUCCGUGCCAGCGAGGGCCAUCUCGGACUGCAGAUGGGCUUCAACAAAGGAGCCUCACAGUCUGGCCAUGGUGGCUUUGGCAACGCAAGACACAUGUAGAACCAAUUUUCAAGCAAAAAAAUACCAAAAAUAAUGUAUAUAUAUAUAAUUUUAAUGGCUUUAAUAUUUAACUAUUUCUAUGUGCGCGAAUAGUGACUAAACUCAAUUAAUUUAGAGCAAAUUUUGUAAAAAUCAUAAUCAAGGGGAUUAGAAAAUUUGUCUCAACGUAUACAAUUUUAAGUUUCAAUUUGACAGAAUUUUCAACGAAUUACUGCAUGAGUUUCUUUUUGUUUGCCUUUAUUUAUUUUCCACAUUUAUCGUCAAUAUUUUGUCUACAAAUAAUUAAGUGCCUUAAAUAAAUGUGAUGUGAAAAAAAUG